GGGGGUGUUUCACUAAACGUCCACGGGCUCAACCGGCACGCGGCGCGGAGGGAUGUCAGGAACUUUGUUCGGGUCAAUAAACUCGCGUUGACUAUAUGUCAAAGAUGGAUGCACUGCAUGAGGGUCACAGUGUCGUAUGGUAGCGGACGGGUAGCCGGACUCUCGGGUUAACAGCGGGCGUGAGGUGGACAACGUAGUUUUUUCAUUAGCAGUAGCCACUGGCUACGUUAGCCCACAGUAGCCGAACAGCUAGCGUGACUAACGUCUGUUACGUCCGUGUGUGAGGAGAGCGCUGUGACUUGGAGGAAGGAAGGAAACUGAUAAGUGGGAUCACUGCGCACCGUAGCUCGUGCUCGCUCUUUUUUGGCUUCUCAACUUCACACUGUGACGCAUUUAGAAAAGGUGACUAAAUCCAAGUACCCUGUGUGACAUUUGACACCGUUUGACUAAUUACAUAUGUUGUCAGGGCGCAGAGCUAGGCGUUAGCAUUUUGUCCCCGGGUUAGCCGUAGAACUAGCCGGAGUUAGCCCGUUAGCUGCAAACUUCCAAAAAAAGUUGUCAGUCCGACCUAGAGAUCAGACAGGUCGGAUUUUUUGCCCCCCAAAGCACUCCUUAUCGAACCCGGCUUAGCAGCAGAGGCGAGCGGGGGCAUAAACAGAUGGCAUCGGAUGUGCUAGAGAGUGAAGCGGCGUUGAAGGGUGUGAGUGAGAUGAGUUUAAACAAUAGCGGCAUAGAUUUUGUCACACCCAGCAGGACUCACGGAGACCUGGGGGACAGACAAACUCCUAGCCCCUCGUCUUCCGGAGUGUCUGGAGAGGGUGACGAGGAGGACUCAAACGAGUUGCAGAGUAGCACGGCUUCCACCGUCGAAAAUGGCGAAGAGGCAUUCGAAGAAGGUCUAACAAAAACAAGAAGCACGCCCGAGGCGAAGAGCGCUCCGGACAAUGUGCCGAAGCAGGCGAGAGGAGGAAGCUCGACCCCGGUCAGCCUUCCCCAGCCCCGCUCACCACCAGGACCCGUCGGGAGCCUGGAGCGGCAGGAAUCCGUGGCCACCACAGAGGCCCGUUUAAGAAUGGAAGGAGUGGAACUGAAGGAGGAGUGGCAGGAUGAGGAUUUUCCCCGACCCCUCCCAGAGGAAGAGGAGCUUGAAGAUGAUCUUUUUGCAGGAACUUCAGAGGUGCAGGACCCCGGGUAUUCAGAGAACCAUGGCAAAAAAGUGAAGAAAAAACUUGCUGCUCCGGAAAUCAGCCUCACAUUAGACCACAGCGAAGGCUCUGUUCUCUCUGAUGAGCUGGAUGAAAGUACGGAGCUGGACCUGGAUGGCAUAGACACACCCUCUGACAACAGCAACGAGUUUGAAUGGGAAGAUGACCUCCCUAAACCGAAAACCACAGAGCUGCUACAGAAAGGGGUGGAGUCGGUGCAGGAAUAUUCAGCCUCGGAUGAGAGGGAUGAGGGUCGACGCUGGAGGAUGUUUCACAUCGGAGACCAGGAUCACAGGGUGGAUAUGAAGGCCAUUGAGCCUUACAAGAAAGUUAUCAGUCACGGAGGUUACUAUGGAGAUGGUUUAAAUGCCAUAAUUGUGUUUGCUGUGUGCUUUAUGCCUGAGAGCAGUCAACCAAAUUACAGAUACAUCAUGGACAAUUUAUUCAAGUAUGUCAUUGGCACACUGGAGCUCCUGGUUGCCGAGAACUAUAUGAUUGUGUAUUUAAACGGGGCUACUUCUCGGAAAAAGAUGCCAACCGUCGGCUGGCUCCGAAAAUGUUAUCAGCAGAUUGAUAGGAGGUUACGGAAGAACUUAAAGUCUUUAAUAAUAGUGCACCCCUCAUGGUUUAUUCGCACACUGCUGGCUAUCACAAAGCCUUUCAUAAGCUCCAAAUUUAGUCAGAAAAUCAAGUUUGUGUACAGCCUGACAGACCUCGCUGAGCUCGUUCCAAUGGAGUACGUGUCCAUACCAGAUUGUAUCAAACAGAUCGACCAGGACGUGAACGGCAAGGUGGAGGUGGCUGCUGCCGCUGUUCCAGAGUGACGCGCCCUCACAGCAGGCCCUGGACGAGAACCAUGGAGAACGCUCGGGUGUUAAUGAUGUGGCCAAUGCCACC